AUUCGGCUGACACAUCGUUCCCUCUAUCCAGCUCUUCCUCUGGAUGCUUGCCGCCGCAGCGGCCUCCCUUUCCUUCAACUGGCCAGUUGUACUGAGGUGGUAUGUCAAAAACAAGUUGCUAAAUGUCGUGCCUGUCGACGAAUACGUGGCUCUACUCUCCAGACUCCCAGUGCCACUUGGAAUGAUGGUGGCAAAAAGAACAACGGCAAUAAGGGCGGUGGUCAUUCUUUUGUCAGGCACGCUCAGCGACCUGGAUACGGACAACCUGCUGCUUCGGAUCAAGAAGAGUCUGUUUGCAAUGAAGAUGUCUCGACGUCAAUCGAGUCCAGCCAAUCAGCAAUUAGCCAACCGUCCAGACAAGCACGACGGACCAACACAGGUCUCAGCAAAAAGGCCCCAAUCCAUGGACAAGCGGAGACGGCGUGGCUAAGUUCCGGUGAUUUGUGUCCUAGGCUGUCGAGUCCCAAAACCCUAGAUGCAUCCCAACAGCAUUCUUCUUAUACCGGUCUCCGAGUCACUUGUCCCAGACUAUCACGCUUGCCUCCGGACGAACAGGAUGAAGACUGUAAUGCAACAUCAUCCGCCAUCAACCCAAGUAGACCCCAAUCGCUCCGCCGUUUGGCCGGUGAAGGUGGGGCUGCUGAAGCAAGAGCGAAGCUUGUGCCAGACGAUGGGAAACAGGCAGCGAGGAUGAAACGAGGCAAUGACAAAACGACUAGAGAUCCUGCCUACCACACUGCUGUCAUGUCUACUCAACCUGUAUCAGUCUUUUGUCGGUUUUGGGGCUUCCGCAUGUGCGUUUAUAGUAUGGAAUCAGUAUAG